CUACGCUCUAACUACCCUUUCAGCUAGUUUCACCUCUCUCUAUGUAUGUAUUAAAUCUGGCCUCUACUCUCCAUCUUUCCUCCGGAAUUCAAUCCCUAGCUACAAGAAAAAAAUAUAUACUAGACUAGAAAAAGGUGAAAAUAAAUUAAAGAAAGUUGAGUAAUUUGAAAAUGGCAGCGGGUCGUCUAAGGUUGGUGUUUUGUGGGGUUGUUUUGACGUUUUUGGUGAUUAACAAUGGCGGCGCAAUGGGUGAAGAUGGAAACGGGAGGAGAGCUUUGGUUCCAGCGAUGUUCGUGUUUGGCGACUCUUUGAUUGAUAAUGGCAACAACAAUAAUCUGCCUUCUUUCGCAAAGGCUAACUACUUCCCAUAUGGGAUUGAUUUUGAUGCUGGUCCGACCGGCCGGUUCUCUAAUGGUUUUACCAUGGUGGAUGAGAUCGCUCAAUUACUUGGACUGCCAUUGAUACCGCCAUACUCGGAAGUUUCCGGCAAUAGAGAUCGGAUGCGCUUCGGAGUAAAUUAUGCCUCUGCUGCCGCCGGUAUACUUGACAUCACCGGUAGAAAUUUUGUGGGACGGAUUCCAUUCAACGAGCAAAUACGGAACUUUGAGAGCACGCUGGAUGUAAUGACAGGCAGCCUUGGAGCUCCAGACAUGGCACAGGCCCUGUCCCAAUGCAUUUUCUUCAUCGGAAUGGGCAGCAACGACUACCUCAACAAUUAUCUCCUCCCCAACUAUCCCACCAAGAACCAAUUCAACCCCCAGCAGUACGCCGAUCUCUUGACCCACCAGUACUCUCAACAGCUCACGAGGUUAUACAAUCUCGGAGCGCGAAAAU